AUGUCGUCCUGCGCGAACCAGGAGAUCGUCGAGCUGCUGACGUCACCAAUCUACCUGGCCCUGAGCUACCUACAGCAAAUGACGUCAUUGGGAACUUUGGUCCUGACUGGUCCGGCCAUUUAUUUAUUGCUCCGAAAAUCGCCUUUUCACUACUCGACGAAGAUUCUCCUUUUUCUCUCGAUAUUUUUCGCCAACUCGUUCUCUUUGGUCCUUUUUUCGAUUCAGGUUGGAAAUUCCAUUUGGAAAACAAAUUUAAAAAAAAUAAAUCCUGUUGAUUUCAACAUGAUACUAGGGUCAAAAAGUUCUUCUAACUUCAACUUUUCAUCUAAAAAAAGUUACCCAUAGACAGAAAAACUCCUAUAAUCGAUCUAAGGAUAUGAAUUUCCAAGUUGAAAAGUUGAAAAAUAUCAAGUUAUUAAAAUUACUAUUAAAAUCUAGUAAAUUGAAAAUUAAACCAAUUUAAAGCCGUUUUGGUGCAAAAAAACUUCCAAACUCUUGAGUGGCCCCUAAAAACUUUCGUAACGAAUCCUGCCUUUUUCCAGAAAUGAGGAAUGCCUUUUCUGUUCAUAAAACGAGAUAGUUAAAUUCCCCAUAAACGAAUAAUAAUUUCAUUUCUAUAGUAGGACCACUUCUGAAGAGGCCACCAACUAAAUUGCUUUAGUGGACACUAAUUCAACUACUACAGAGGCCACUAGAAAUUCAGAACACUAAAGUGGCCCUGAAAAAAAUUCCCCAGUGAGUCCUCUUUUUCUCCCGAAAUGAGAAAGUCCUUGAAAUUGUGCCAUAUUUGACAAAAUGAUGACAAAAAAAGAGGAAUUCCGGUAUCUAAUAAUAAGUUGUUUGAGCUCCCCCCUCCCGAAAAAAAUACGCCCCCUUCCAAAGAAAAAAAUAGCCCCCCUUCCCAAAAAGCCCCUCUCCCGAAAAAAAUACCCACCCCCUCCUGAAAAAAAUAUUUCCGUUUUUUUAACAAACAACAGCCAGUUAUCGAGCACAUUCAUGCAAAAAAAAAACUCGAAACUCCCAAAAAAUGUGGAAUUUUCAACUUUUUCAGACCCCAUCCUGUAGUUGAGCAGAUUUAGGCUAUGAAAAAUCUUGAAAACUGCCCAAAUUCCAAAUUUUCCCUUUUUUCAGACCACCGCCAGUUAUCGUGCCUACAAAUACGGCGCCGAACCUUGCAGCCUUCUUUUUGAUACCGAAGAAUGCCAUUUUCAAGUCUUCUUCUUGGUUUUCAGCAGCUAUGGGCUUCUGACAACGCCUAUCGCGAUGAGUCUGGAAAGGUGUUUUCAAAAAACGAAUAAAAUUUCAAAAAAUGUCUUUUUCCAGGCUUUUAUCAACGAUCGCUCCGAAGUUCUACGAACAAAAUGGCGCCUGGCCGUCAACUUUUUUGACAACUUUUACGGUAAAAAUUAUAAAUUCAUUUUACCCGAUAAAAAAUUUUAAAGCGCAGGUGAUAAAUACCAUAUAAGGUCCUCUCUAGGGACCACUUGACCUCUCCAUUGCUAAAGUGACCCCUUUAGGGGUUUUAGUUGUCGCCCCAUACCAGUCGAUUACUGUUAUGAACUCUGUAAGAAGAAAAACUUUCAUGAAAAUUCCACAAAUGGCCCUUUUUGAAUAAAAAAAAUCUCCACAGACGGUGAACCGAUCGAGAUCUAUUGAAAACAUUUUUUUAAUUUACAAAUCUGGGCAAAAACUUAAAAAAUCCCUUCAGAGACCACUUGAGCUUUAGGGGCAUGGGGGUUAGAUCCUGAAUCCCUAUAGGGCCACCUAAACUUUACUCCAAUGGGGGCGUUUUUUCGUCCCUUUUUGGGAUAUUUUUUCUAAGGCACGCUCUGAAAUCCCCACUCAUAAAGCCCGCUCUGAAAUCUACCCCCCCUAUAGAGUACGCUCUGAAAUCUCCCUUCCUCUCUGAUUUCUUCGCCCCCCCUCCCCCCCAUAGCCUUACCCCCAAUAUAGGGCCUACUCUGAAAUUUCAAAUCCUAACAGAAAGUUUUAAGGACCCUAGAAUGGCCACUAAAGCUUCAGAGGCCUAGGGGUCGGACCCUAAACUCCUACAGGGACCACCUUAAUUUAACCUCAGUUAGAAAGCCCCCCUAUAGGGACUGUUUUCCGCCUAAUCCCUAUAGGAACCACUCUGGCGUUCCUAACAAGAAUCGAAAAAUCAUGGAACAUUGGUAACGCGAAACGGGCGUGCUCCGGACGUGUCGGGGCAUUACUAGUGACCACUUCAGUAGCCUCAGCACUCUUAAGUGAUCUCUAGAAUCGUCCAGAAACGUCCGGAGCGUUACCGAUGUCUCAAAAUCGUAAAUCGGCUGGAUCUCACCCCGGGGUGCGGCCUACCCCCCCCAAAAAGCGGUUUACCCCCGAAAAGUGCGGCCUACUGUACAUUUUCAAAUUUUUUUCUCGCGCAAUAAAAAAAAAACAAAAAAUACCUGUCACAGGUGCUGUACGUGUGGCUGCUGACGCACUUCGUGAUGAGUCCCAGGGUUCCGGUCGAAUUCGUGGCGAGUUGCGCGGUCCCGCCGACGCCCAUGAUGAAGACCCUGAACUUCAUCGCUACAAUCAAAACCGUCGCCAUGAUCUUGUGCAUUUUCAUCAAUAUCAUGAUCCUCAUGUAUAAUCGACGGACGGAGAAGGAGUAAGUGGUUUUUGAAAGAUUUCAUGGAUUUUAUAUAGUCCUGGAAGCUUGACCUUAUUCUGGCGUGAAAACUUUAGUUCUUCAAAAAUCGAAAUGGCCAGGGAAGUAUGAGUUAGCCCUUUAGGGAAAUUUUUCAUCGAUGUUCAAAAUAUGAGCUCAAAAAUCGCCCAAAAGUCCGUUUUUUUCGAGAAAAAAAUUUUUUUCUAAAUUUAUUUUUUUAACUUCUCGCCUAUUGAAUAAAUGUAUCGGCCAUAUUGAGACAUGAAGGGGGCGUGGCCUGUCUGCGCUCUCCACCAACCAAACACUAUCUCGUUUAUUUAAAUCGUGUCAGGACCCAUUUUUCGUUGGCUUAAUAUUAUUCUUUGAAAAAUUCCUGAUCAUUAUUUCAAACUUUUUUUCUCCAUAGAAAGCUUUCAUUACGGGAAAUUUAAUAAAAUGAUGUAAAAAAAAUUUUUAAUCUGGAUAAAAUGAAGACAGGAGCAAAAAAAAUUAAAGCCUUUGUCCACAGAGCAACUUUGCCUUUGUGUUUUCGGCUGGAAUUCCAACUUUUUUUUUUCAUUUUCUCAUUAAUCUCAAAAAAAUAGUUUUUGAUCAACUUCAAGUAGACCGUCUGACAUGCAGUUAUAGUAUUUUUAUAUAGUUUUUCUUGAAUUUUUCUGAUUUCUCAGGAUUUUUGGAUUUCUAUGAUUGAAAUAGGCAAGGAUAAAAAAAUAACUACUGAAAGCCCUUUCAAGGAAAAACCGAAAAAAAUCAUUUUCAGUAUCCAAUUCGACCUGAAAACCCAGUUCCGUCAACGAGAAGCCUUGCUGACUUCCCAAGUCACCUGUACGAUUUCUAUCGUCCUAUUUUUCGGCUUUGGGAUCCAUACGAUGACCCAACUUUUCGUCUCGUUCAAUCCCGACCUUUUCAGCCUCACCGCUGCCAACUACACUAUCAAAGGGUUUUAUGUGAGCUUUUUUUUUUAUUUUUUCAGAAAAAAUUGUCCAAAAAUCUCUGAGCGACCUUUUUCUUAGUGGUCCAUCUUUCAUUCAAAAUUUUCCAAACUUAUUUUUUUUUCUCUUGAAAACGCUCCUUUUCUCAACGACACAAGUAAAAAUAUUCAAAAAAUGUUCUAGUGGCCCGAUUUCAGACGCUACCGUACGCCGCCAUGGCUACACCAGGCCUCCUACUGUAUGGAUUACGGUACAUCAAGAGGAAACGACGAAGGAUGAUCAAGGAAUUGACGGAAGCCCAGGAAACGAUGAGAUCAAGGAUGAAGGACCUCAGCAUCCUUUGGGACUCUACUUAUGAACAGAAAUAUUCGCAACCUUAA